GGCGCGGCGCGGCCGGCGCGGAGCGCUGCGGGCAGUGGCGCCAUGCACUCCCUCGCCCAGGAGAUCCGAAGCUUCUCCAGGGCCAACCUGCGGAAGCAGCGCACCCGCGUCACCACGCUGACCGGCCGCAGGAUCAUCGAGACGUGGCGCGGCGCCUGCCUGCACAUGGAGGAGGAUGAGGAGGCGGCGCCCGACGGCGGCUUCGUGCAGGAUCUCAGCGCUGACCUCCAGGUCGGCGUGGUGAAGCCCUGGCUGCUGCUGGGGUCGCAGGAUGCUGCUCACGACCUGGAGACGAUGAGAAAGCAUAAGGUCACUCACGUUCUAAAUGUGGCAUAUGGAGUCCAAAAUGCCUUCCUCGAUGACUUUAUAUACAAGACCAUUUCCAUUCUGGACCUCCCAGAAACUGAUAUUACCUCCUAUUUCCCUGAAUGUUUUGAGUUUAUUGAGAAAGCCAAGAUCCAGGAUGGCGUGGUACUGGUGCACUGUAAUGCAGGAGUCUCCCGUGCAGCGGCUGUAGUUAUUGGUUUUCUAAUGAAUUCAGAAAGACUGAGCUUUGCCAGAGCCUAUUCCUUGGUGAAAAAUGCAAGGCCUGCAGCUUGUCCAAAUCCUGGCUUCAUGGAGCAGCUUCACAAGUACCAAGAACAGAUUGUAAAGGCAAAUGGAAGCAUAAACAAUCAUGACUGAUCCAAAGCAAGAAGUGAAAUAAUCUGUUUUGACUCUACAGGAUUUGUAUGUACUUUAAACCCCUUUCACAUGUGCAUUUUCAAGUCUUUAUAUAUUUUUUUCUUACCCUCCUUUCACCCUGUUUUUUUCCAGCAUGUCAUCAAAAGGUCAAAUGUUGUUCUGACUUCAGAGAAGUUUUGCCUAAAACCAGAGCACUAAUAAAAGGAUACAGCUCAGUUUUCCUUGAAAUAUUAGAAAACAAUAGAAUGAUGGUUUGCUCAUUGAACCAUGAGAAAAUGCAGGCAAUAGAGAAAGGAAGUAAAAUAACUGAGAUAAGUUGCUUUCUUUCCAAAUCUGCUCAUUCUUACUUGGUUGUAAAAUCCAGAUAAUAUGUUCAAAUAAUGAAGUAACUUGAUAUUGGAAUUUAAAAUUAUAUUGCAACUAUAAAUGAUAUUAUUGAAUUUUGUGGGCUAGCCAGCCAUUAAUGGUUUUUAAAUUUAAACAAUGGUCUUUUGAAGAUGCUCAAAAUGC